AUGGAUGUACACAGAACCCCCAACAAUGUGACUGAAUUUGUUCUCUUGGGACUCACACAGAAUCCACACUUGCAGAAAAUACUCUUCAUUGUCUUUCUGUUCAUUUUCUUAUUUACUUUGCUGGCCAACCUGCUCAUUGUCACUACCAUCUCCCUCAGCCCCACACUUUCUGCUCCCAUGUACUUCUUUCUUAAUUUCUUGGCCUUCAUAGAUGCCUCCUACACCUCUGUCACCACACCCAAAAUGAUCAUUGAUCUCCUAUACCAGAGGAGAACCAUCUCCCGGGGUGGCUGCCUGACUCAGCUUUUUGUGGAACACUUCCUGGGAGGAUCAGAGAUCAUCCUCCUCAUUGUCAUGGCCUAUGACCGCUAUGUGGCCAUUUGCAAGCCUCUGCACUACACGACCAUUAUGCGACAGGGGCUCUGCCAGCUCCUGGUGGUGGUGGUCUGGAUCGGGGGGAUCCUACAUGCCACUGUGCAGAUACUUUUCAUGGUCAACUUGACCUUCUGUGGUCCCAAUGUCAUUGACCACUUCAUGUGCGAUCUCUUUCCACUGUUGGAACUUGCCUGUGGUGAUACCUAUCGGCUUGGUAUGGUGGUGGCAGCCAACAGUGGGGCCAUGUGCUUGCUUAUUUUUUUCAUGCUACUCAUCUCCUACACAGUCAUCCUGAGCUCCCUGAAAUCCUAUGGCUCUGAAGGACGAUGCAAAGCCCUCUCUACAUGUGGCUCCCACUUUACAGUAGUGGUGCUCUUUUUUGGUCCUUGUAUAUUCACCUACAUGCGUCCUGUGACCAAUUACCCUGUGGACAAGUUGGUGGCCAUGUUCUUUGCAGUCCUCACUCCCAUGUUAAACCCUAUUAUUUACACAGUGAGAAGCACAGAGGUAAAAAAUGCCAUGAGUAUUUUGUUGAAGUGGAGAGUAACUUAG